AUGACGGGGGUCAAGGAAGACUUUGUGAUCCCAUUCACGGGAGCCCUGCAGGCAUCCCUCGCCGUGCUGUUGACCAUCUUCUAUGGUGUUAUCGCAGCUCAAUUCGAUCUGCUGACUGAGAAGUCGGCGAAGGAUAUCUCCAAGGCUUGUGUCAGGCUGUUCCUGCCUGCUUUGUUGAUCGUCAAUGUCGGACAGCAGCUGAGUCUCGAAUCUGGAACCAAAUAUCUGGCUGUAUUCAUUUGGGCCAUCAUCUACAAUGUGCUUAGCAUGGUAUUCGGUCUUGCAGUGACCAAAUUCCUCAAUCUGCCUCAAUGGGUCACUCCCGCCCUCGCUUUUAACAACACGACUUCUCUCCCUCUCCUUCUCGUUCAGUCUCUGCAAUCGACCGGCAUCCUCGACUCGCUCGAUGCAUCCAGCGACACCGUCGACCGUGCCAAAUCAUACUUCCUCGUCAAUGCCAUGGUCUCGAAUUCUUUGACCUUCGCCCUUGGCCCUCGCUUGCUCAACGGACAGAACGAGGACUCACCAGAUGAAGAGCCCGAGAAACCAGACCAAGACGAAGAUGCUGCAGAACGAGCCUCCCUCGAGGAGCAUCAAGAGCAGAACGAAGAGACAUCACUUCUGCCCAACCGUGCUGUACGUCCUGGAACCAAGGUCAUCUACAAGACCCACAAGCGUCUGAGUAACUACUACAAUUCGCUCUCUCCUCGUACGCAGGCUACAUUGGACUUCCUCUAUCAAUUCUGGAACCCACCUCUCAUUGGCGCAGUCAUUGGUGGGAUUGUCGGCUUGGUUCCUGCCUUGCACACACUGUUCUUCAGUUCGCCCAACGAAGGCGGCUACCUCAACGCCUGGUUGACUUCAUCCAUCAAGAAUAUCGGCGACCUCUUCGCAUCCCUGCAAGUCGUCGUUGUCGGUGUAAAGUUGUCUCAAGCCAUGCUUCGCUACAAGAAGGGCGAACAGAGUGGCAGCGUUCCUUGGAAGCCUUUCACCAUCAUCACUAUUGUUCGCUUCGUCAUCUGGCCUUUGAUCAGUAUCCCUCUGGUCUGGGUCUUGGCAAGCAAGACUAGUGUUCUUUCUGACGACCCUAUCUUGUGGUUUGCCAUGAUGCUGAUGCCUACUGGGCCGCCGGCGAUGAAGUUGACUGCACUUGCCGACGUUAGCGGUGCUGGCGAUGAGGAGAAGAUGAGUAUUGCAAAGUUCUUGACCAUCUCCUAUGCUAUCUCACCUUUGAUCUGCUUUUCUGUGGUUGGUGCAUUGAAGGCCAGUCAGGCUAUCGCUAGUAGCUAG